AUGGGGGAGAUUGUGGUUUUAAGUAGCGACGAUGGCAUGGAGACGUAUGAAGAGACGAUGAUGAACAGAGGCAAGUCAUCGGAAGUUGUCCGGUGGGAGAAGUAUCUUCCGAAAACGGUGCUUAGGGUUUUGCUAGUCGAAUCCGAUGACUCAACUCGCCAAAUCAUCACCGCCCUUCUUCGGAAAUGCUCUUACAAAGUUGUAGCUGUUUCCGAUGGUUUAGCUGCGUGGGAGACUCUAAAAGGCAAGUCGCAUAACAUCGACCUUAUACUAACGGAGCUGGAUUUGCCAUCAAUAUCUGGUUUUGCUCUCCUUGCUUUGGUGAUGGAGCAUGAAGCUUGCAAGAACAUUCCUGUCAUAAUGAUGUCUUCGCAAGAUUCGAUAACAAUGGUCUUGAAGUGUAUGCUGAGAGGCGCUGCUGAUUAUCUGAUUAAACCCAUGAGGAAAAACGAGUUGAAAAAUCUAUGGCAGCAUGUGUGGAGGAGACUUACUUUGCGUGAUGAUGGUACUGCUCAUGCUCAUAGCUUACCAGCUUCACAGCAUAACCUUGAAGAUACUGAUGAAACUAGUGAAGAAGAUUCCAGAUAUCAUUCUGAUCAAGGAAGUGGUGCUCAGGCUAUCAGCUACAACGGUCACAAUAAGCUAAUGGCGGAUGUCAAACCGCUGGAUGAAACUGACAAAAAAAUUGGAUCUUUCGAUGUGACAAUGGAUUUGAUUGGUGGAAUUGACAAACGGACCGAGUGUUACGGUAAAGCCAACUCUCCUGACGAGUGCGUUGGUCCAGAGCUUGGGCUCUCUUUGAAAAGAUCUUGCUCUGGAAGUUUCGAGAAGCAAGAUGAAAGCAAGCAUCCAAAGCUUAGUCUCACCGACGCAUCAGCCUUCUCACGAUAUGAGAACAGCAAGCUAGCAGAGAAAGCAGUCGUUGCUUUAGAGGCGAGUAGUUCAGCUGAGCCCAAGACACCAAGCGAAUCACAUGAGAAGUUGAGAAAAGUAAGAUCAUCUGAUCACGGAAGCGCUACAACGAGCAGUAACCAAGAGAAUAUCGGAUCAUCAAGCAUAAGCGGACAGAACCAAGUUCUUCAGUCCGCGGUUACGAAUCAGAAGCAACACCCGCAAGACUCUCCCUCCUUUCCAGAAGAAUCAGUUCGCCUGAAAGCAGGCAAGGACAAGGAGGUGGAAGUUGGUUCUCAAAGCACCUGCAACACCAGUGGACAGAGCAGCAGCACAGAGAAGCCAAAGGAAGACGAAAGUCUCAGUUUUCAGCAACGUUGGAGCCAGAGAGAAGCUGCACUGAUGAAAUUCCGACUGAAGAGGAAAGAUCGAUGCUUUGAUAAAAAGGUUCGGUAUCAGAGCAGGAAGAAGCUAGCGGAGCAGCGUCCACGUGUGAAAGGCCAGUUCGUGCGUGCCGUGAAUUCAGACGCGUCUACUAAAGCCUGA